AAAAUCUCGUACUCAGGGCACUUCCCGACAGUACCCUGUGUACGAGAAGACGAAGAUGGCUGACCCAGGAAGACAAACUGUUGUUGACGUGGCUUCACAGGAAAAAGGAGACCAGAUAUCUUCUGAUGACUUGCAGUUUCAUGACUUCAGUGGUGCCACCCUGAGUGAUGGGGGAGGGGGGCUACCAGGGGACAGGACCAGCCGGAUGUCCAGCGAUGACGAACCUUUACUGGACGCAGACUCGGACCAAGCAGAGCUUCUAGGUGGACAAAAGAAGCAGUCACCAUUCUGGACCUUUGAGUAUUACCAGGAUUUCUUUGAUGUGGACACUUAUCAGGUGUUACACCGUAUCCUGGGCUCCAUGCUGCCCAGACCAGGGAAGAACUUCCUCCUGACACACGUCCGACCAAAUCCUGACAUCUACGGUCCAUUCUGGGUGUGCCUGACGUUAGUCUUCACCACGGCCAUCAGUGGGAACCUGGCUAACUACUUCAGUGUAGCCAGCAGCGGGUCUGAGUACCACUGGGUCUAUGACUUCCACAAAGUUACCCUUGCAGCAGCAGCGAUCUUCAGCUAUGCCUGGCUUGUCCCCACGGCUCUGUGGGGCUUCCUGUGGUGGAGAAACUCUCAGUCUCACUUCACCUUCCUGGAGAUCAUCUGUGUCUACGGAUACUCACUGUCCAUCUAUGUUCCUAUAUCGGUGCUGUGGGCUAUCCCUGUCCCUGCUGUCCAGUGGGCCCUGGGGCUGGUGGGCAUGCUGCUGUCUGGAUCUGUACUGGUCAUGACCUUCUGGCCUGCUGUCAGGGAUGAUGAGAGAAAGGUGACGUAUUUGACGUUGGUUCUGAUCUUCAUUCUGCAUGGACUACUUGCAGUGGGUUUCAUGCUGUAUUUCUUCAGUGUCCCACUCCAGGUGGGCCCGGUCACUCCUCAGCCACACAGGACAACUAUUGCUCCUGGACCAGCUGUCCCCACAACCAAACCAUAACCAUCAUGUCCCCACAAAACAACAUGGCUAUCAUGGACUGCCUGAGUUCUUCUCUGGCCUUCUACAGUCUAUGACCAAUGGUUAAAUCCUAGUUAGGCUCAAGGCUUAUUUGUAAAUGUACAGAAGUCUCUGUCACACAAGUCUUAUUUGUGAGCUGACUCGGCUUUAUUUUUGCUGCAGAGUGUUCUUUUCUGCAGAGCUGCCUUCUUUCUGUGGU